AUGGCCAUCCGCCAGGCCGAGGAGCACAUGAUGAGAUCUGUCUACAACGACAUACGGGCCUGGGUCCGAGGACAUGCUCAAGACUACGUCUUGGAAUACUUUCGCCUUCUCACCGAGAGACGCAAGAAUGCUCACUCGACUCACCUGGAUCAGAUCACCGCUCACGCAUUCUACCAUUACAACGCCCCUCCGCAUCCCAACCAGAUUGCCGACGCUCAGGCUACUCUCAAGCGUGGCAUAGACGAAGAUUGGCAGGCCAGUGUGCAACGCUAUCCCGAGGUCCUCGAGUACUUCUUCAGCCUUGUCGAGCUUACCUUGCCCGGGGAUAGCGAACCCGCUGUCAAGGAUCCGCCCCUGAGCGCCUUGAACGGGCAGCGCAAGGCUACUCGAAGAAGCGCCGAAGAAGGCGGCGGGAGCGGCAGCGGAAGCGAGGGUCGGCGAAGCCACGCCGCCCUUGGCCAUGUGCCCUUUCCAACGCCGUCCUUCUCCAGUCGCGACCCGGGCCUGGAUCGCCGAGCCUCCAUGCCCCCAGCGCGCCGACCUGCUACAGCGCGGAUGCCGCAGCAACCGGCUACCUACUACGGAGGAUACGCCUAG